AUGAUGAUCCGGCGGGCGGGCGGGUGGUGAUGGCGGCGGCGGUGGCGGGAGGCGCGGGCCCGCUGGUUGUUGUCGGCGGCUGCUACCAGCAGGUUCUCUUCGGCUACCGGCUCCAGGAAUGGCGGCAGAGUUGGGAUCCAGAGGCAGACUUCACCCAUCACGCUCACACUGCCUCCAUAACUGUUGUGGCCGUAAAUGAUCGGUAUGUGGCAACAGGCAGUAAAGACGAAACCAUCCAUCUGUACGACAUGAAGAAGAAAAUUGAUCAAGGAUCAUUGUUGCACCAUAAUGGGACGAUAACCUGUUUGGAAUUCUAUGGGAAUACCCAUUUACUCAGCGGAGCAGAAGACGGACUCAUCUGUGUGUGGGACGCGAAGAAAUGGGAAUGUUUGAAGUCUAUACGCGCUCACAAGGGCCAUGUGUCGUCGUUGUCCGUGCACCCAUCGGGAAAGCUGGCCUUGUCAGUGGGAACAGACAGAACAUUACGAACAUGGAAUCUAAUUAAUGGAAAAUCUGCGUUCAUCAAAUCUAUAAAACAGAACGCUCACAUUGUCCUUUGGUCCCCCAGUGGAGACAGUUACGUCGUGGUUUCCAAUAACCAGUUGGAUAUUUACUCGUUGCAAACAGCCUCCAUCAGUGGUGUCAUCACCUGUCAACAAAGGAUCUCUUCAGUGCAAUAUAUAAUGGAGUCCAUCAUUGCCGUUGCUGGAGAUGAAGAGAACGUCAGACUCUAUGACACAGACUCACAGAACUGUCUCUGUGAAUUUGAGGCUCACGAGACCAGAGUGAAAGCCUUGCACUUCUUCCGAGUGGGAGAGAAUAACGUUCUUGCCACUGCUUCCAGCGAUGGCUACAUUAAACUGUGGAAGCUGAAUGUCGAGGAGAUUCAGAAAUGUCCAGAACUGCUAAGUGAAGUCGACACCAAAGCUCGGCUCACCUGUCUAGCUGUGUGGCUGUCAAGUGUCACACAAGGAGUGGCAGAUCAAGGCGCACACGGACAAGAAGAUGCAGCUACGAAUAAAUGUUUUAAAGAAAAUAAAAUUAAAAUGGAGGCAACUCUCUCGGUCGGGGCCACACCUCCAGAGACAAAGCGGCAAAUUUUACACAAGAGAAAAACAGUUGUUAAAACAAAGGUGAAAACAAAGAAAAUUAAGCAAUAAAUGAACUUGAAAUAAACUCUUUCCUUUAGGGUGAAGAAAAUAUGCAGCCAUGGCAUUUUUUACGGUUUAUGUAUUUGUAAAAAAAAUGUGUGGACGUUAUUGGCAUUCUCCAAACAGACUGCUUUCUUACAGUUAAUCUUGAUACCACAAAAUAAAAAUAUGUUUAAUUACUA